AUGCCGAUUCAAGGAUCAGAGAACAUCUCUUCCGCGGACCUCCAAACAAUUAACACUGCUGAUCUCGGGACGCACACCACUGAAUCACCUCUUGGCUCAAGCAGCGUGAACCCAAGCAAUGCAUUACAGGACCAGGACCAGGACCAGGAUUUUACUGCUGAACAUCCAGCUGAGGAGUCAUUGCAUGAUGACGUUGAGGAGGAAGAAGGGUGCAGUAUCCAAAGGGGAGAACCUGGAGAUGCUGUCCUCUCGGAACAGGAAGGAGAGGAAGGAGAUGCUUCAGCAGAGCAGCUGCCGGUAUCAUCAGCACAGCAAAGAAAGGACGAGAGUCUACAGAGCGAAGUUCAACAUCAACGAAGGGUUGCCAUGCUGAAUAAUGUAGCUGAAAAGAUGAUGAGUCAAAGCCGUCUGGAUCAUGCUGACACCAUGCAGCGCUUUGACCGAUUGCUAUCCAAUGAAGACCGCAGGUUCUUUUUAUUAGAGGGGGAGGGGGAGCGUGACAGGCAGGCUUUGAAAGAGGCUUUGAAAGAGGCCACAAAGGAGACUGUGGAUGUUAUGAGGGCAGCUGUGGAUAUGCUAGGCACUAUUGCCCAAAUUAUUAGGGAAGGUAGGACACAGGCAAGGGUAGGUGAGGUACCAGCCACUGCAACAUCUCCACCAUCUGUCACACAUAGGCAGCUACACCUCAACUGUGACUGCAGCAAUACUCGGGGAGCACUGCCUUCAGAUGUAGCUUACCCGGUUUUGGCAGAAGACUCUAUGCCUGAGAAUCAGAGCCUCCUGUGUCCUGCACCCUGCUCAAGUGGCAGUGUGGUGGCUUCCCGUAGGGGCAAGAAAAGAUCUUGCACAGGGAAGCAGAGGGUGUAUUUUGAGCCCUAAAACCAUUUCCUUUGGGAUAUCUGAUGAUAACUCCCUUUAAAUAUUGGUUGGCUACUUCACACGUGCAAUACUAACUAUGACAGAUGCAGGUCCUGCUGCUCUGCCUAUUUAUUUUGCUGCGUUUUUCAGCACUGCCACUUUAUGGGUACCAGAAUCAAUGCCCAUCAAGGGAGGCAGUGAGUUGCAGGCAUUGUUUACUUGUUGUGCAUGCUGUUAUUGAUGAUGCUAUUUCAUUGGUUAUACCUGCACAGCCAGGGUGUUCCCAUCUUAACUAUUAAUAUACAACAGCUGUACAGCUGAUGUUGUGUUCUUCUCAGGUUAACGCACUUGUAAUAAAGCUAUGUUUUGCACAGGU